AAUGGGAGGGGAGCAAUUUGAGCAACAUGACGAUCGUGAAGGACCAUUGGAGCUGUUGCAGAGCUUAAGAUCCAAAGCGACGGAGCUUCUUCUCCGGGAAGAAUGGGAAGAGUCUAUACAGGUUUACACCAAGUUCAUCGAUCUCUCCCGGAGCCAAAUCUCAAAGCUUGGUGGAUCCGACCCAGACCCGGACCCGGAUUUGAUUCAUAAGCUCCGGAAAUCGCUCUGCUUGGCUCUGUGCAAUCGGGCUGAGGCGCGAGCCAAGCUCCGUGAUUUUGUGGAAGCGAUGAUGGAUUGUGAUCAAGCACUUGAGAUCGAAAGCACCCAUUUCAAGACUCUUCUUUGUAAAGGUAAAGUCUUGCUCGGAUUGAGCAAAUACGCAUCGGCCUUGGAAUGCUUCAAGACGGCUCUGCUCGACCCGCAAGCUAGUGAUAACUUGGAGACUGUUACUGGGUACAUGGAGAAAUGCAAAAGGCUCGAGCUUCAGGCGAAGACGGGAGCUUUCGAUCUAUCUGAUUGGAUCCUGAGUGGGUUUCGUGGGAGAUCUCCUGAACUAGCUGAAUUUAUUGGGUCAAUCGAAAUUAAGAAAUCUGAAACUAGUGGACGUGGAUUGUUUGCCACGAAGAACAUUGUUGCAGGAACUUUGAUCUUAGUCACGAAGGCAGUUGCAACUGAGAGAGGGAUUUUGGGAACUGGAGGUGAAAAGGCUCAGCUGAUAAUGUGGAAGAAUUUCAUCGAAGAGGUUACUGAAUCCGUGAAGAAAUGUAAUAGAACACAUCGACUUGUCUCCAUUUUAUCCACUGGACAUGACGAAGACAACCUGGAGAUUCCAGAUAUAUCUAUCUUUAGGCCUGAUGAAGCAUUUGAAACCUGCGGUAACUCGAAGCAGAGUUUAGAUACGGAGAAGCUGCUAAGCAUUUUGGAUGUGAAUUCUCUGGUGGAAGAUGCGGUUUCAGCUAAAGUUAUGGGGAAGAACAAAGAGUAUUACGGUGUGGGGCUAUGGACUCUAGCUUCGUUCAUCAACCACUCGUGUUUACCAAACGCAAGACGACUUCACGUUGGAGAAUACGCCAUUGUUCAUGCCUCAAGAGACAUCAAAGCCGGGGAAGAGAUCACUUCUGCUUACUUCGACGUGCUUUCUUCUCCACUAGAAAAACGGAAAGAGAUGGCUGAGUCAUGGGGAUUUUGUUGCGGAUGCAGUCGAUGUAAGUUUGAGAGUCUUUUGUAUGUUACCAACCAAGAGAUUAGAGAGCUCGAAAUGGGUUUAGAGAGAGGCGUAGAUGCAGGAAACGCGGUUUAUAUGGUAGAGGAAGGGAUGAAGAGAUGGAAGGUGAAAGGGAAAGAUAAAGGUUUGCUGAGAGCAUCUUAUUGGGGAGUCUAUGAUGAGAUUUAUAGCUCAGAGAGACUUAUGAGGAGAUGGGGAAGGAAGAUUCCAACAAUGGAAGUUGUGGUGGACAGUGUCUCUGAUGUCACUGGAAGUGAUGAGAGAUUAAUGAAGUUGCUGGUGGAAGAUGUGAAGAAAAAGAAUGGAGGUUGCAGUAACAUUACGGAGAUGGAGAAAAUCUUGAAGCUAGGAAAGGGUUUUUAUGGCAAAGUGGUAUCGAAAAGGAAGGCAAUGAAAACUCUUCUUGGCCUAGAAUAAUAACCUUAAGUAUUUUCCAUGUAAACUGU